AUGCAUGGAAGCAAUAAUUCGGAUAUCCUCGACGCCGCCGUCAAUGUCAAUGACGGCGGCGUCCCCGGCAUCACAGCCGUCGUCUUCGACAAGACCGGCACCGAGCUCUUCCUCCACUCCGCCGGCACGCGCGGCCUCUCCGCCUCCGCCUCCUCCCCCGCCGCCGAGCCCAUGACGCCCGAGCACGUCUUCUGGAUCGCCUCGUGCACCAAGAUGGUCACCGCCCUGUGCGUCAUGCAGCUCGUCGAGCGCGGCCGCCUCGCCCUCGAUGACGCAGACCAGCUCGAGGCGCUGUGCCCGGAGCUCCGCGACGUGCAGGUCCUGCGCGACGGCGACGGCGUGCUCGAGCCUAAGCGCAGCCGCAUCACCCUCCGGAUGCUGCUGACGCACACGGCCGGCUUCGGGUACACCCUCGCCAGCGAGAAGCUGCGCGAUCACGGGCUGCCCGUCGGCAUCGACGAGUUCUCCGGCCGCGCAGGGGCCGUCAACACGCCGCUCAUCUUCCACCCGGGAGAAGGCUGGGAAUACGGGGUUGGUGUGGACUGGGCGGGCAUCGCCCUUGAGCGCCUGACCGGCGUCUCCCUAAACGUGUACAUGCAGACUCACAUCUGCGAGCCACUCGGCCUGGAGAGCGUAAACAUGAUCCCCACGCCCUCUAUGAAGGCCAAUCUGGCCUACAUGAACCAGCGGGAUGCUCAGGGCAAGGUUCACCCCCGCAACCACUUCUACCGACAGCCGCUCGUGAUCGAAACCGAAGAAGAAAAGGCCCAGCUCUUCAACAGCGGAGGCGCCGGCCUCUUCGCCAAGCCGCAAGAAUACUGCCGUGCGUCUCCCCCCCCCCCCCCCGAGCUGCCAGGCAUCCUGGCCGUGCUCCUCAACGACGGCGCGUGCCCCGUCACCGGCGUCCGCCUGGUGUCGGCGCGCACCGUCGCCGACAUGUUCACUAACCAUAUUCCGCAGUUUCCCGAUUUUGGCCGCCAGGGCUUGGCCGCCGCCAAGCCGGAGCUCACCAACCCGGCGCCCUGCCUGGACCCGGGCGCCGCGCCGGACGCACCGCAGGGCUGGGGGCUCUCUUUCAUGCUGAGCGGCGGCGCGACCGGCCGCUCCGAGGGAACGGCGUGGUGGGCCAGCAUGGCCAACGUGUUCUGGUGGGCGGAUUGCGAGAACGGCGUCGGCGGCAUGGUGUGCGCGCAGGUGCUCCCGUUCAUCGACGCCAAGGUGGUCGGCGCGUGGACGGCGCUCGAGACGGCGGUGUAUGCGGCGCUGCACGAGGUUAAGUAA